AUGGCGACAAAAAACCAACCUCCUCCGUCAGCACGGCAUAAUUUGCCUCCAACUCAUGCUCCUGCUCAACCAUCUUCCCAAGCCGCGUCUCCGCCAUCAAAAAGAGAUUUAAUUUCAUGGUGGAGACAGUUUAAAAAGAACGCAAAGAGGGAGGAGGAUAAAGUGGAAGCUCCGACGGGCAUCUUUGGCGUUCCGCUUCAAGUCAGCAUCCGUUACGCCAAUGUUGCCAUCUCUCUCACCGACGGAAACGGGCAAAGCUUCAUUUACGGAUAUGUGCCCAUCAUUGUUGCAAAAUGCGGUGUGUAUCUGAAGGAAAAAGCUACGACGGUUGAGGGUAUCUUCCGUUUGAGUGGCUCCGCAAAGCGCAUCAAAGAUCUGCAAACUCUUUUUGACUCACCGGAUCGUUACGGAAAGGGCUUGGACUGGAGCGGUUACACGGUGCACGAUGCCGCCAACAUCCUUAGACGAUAUCUGAACCAGCUCCCGGAACCGAUAAUCCCUCUGGAGUUUUAUGACCGGUUUCGCGAGCCUUUGCGCACUCAUCAAACGCAGGCUGUUGGAGAUCUAGAGGCUCAAAACCAGGACUCGGGAGAUUUCGAUUACGAUGCGGCUAUUAAAGAGUAUCAACAAUUGAUCACCGAGCUCCCCCCACUCAAUCGACAGCUGCUUCUCUACAUACUUGAUUUACUGGCCGUUUUUGCCUCAAAAUCUGACAUCAACCGGAUGACAGCGGCCAACCUAGCAGCUAUUUUCCAGCCAGGCAUGCUUUCGCAUCCACAGCACGAUAUGGCGCCGCCAGAGUACCGCUUGUGUCAGAAUGUUCUGGUCUUUUUGAUUGAAAAUCAGGACAACUUCCUGAUAGGCAUGAGCGGCACAGCUGCAGAUGAAAAGACUGUCAAGGAAGUGCAAAGCGGUCCCGCAACACCUCAACCCGGAACGCCAUCUACACCGCGACCAGGACAAGCUAAGGCCCCAGUUGUUCGGACGGCAUCCAAUGCUAGUGCCGGUGCCGACAGUGUUCGACGAUUCGGUGGCGUUCGCAGAAACGUGUCCGUCUCGUCCCGCAAUUCAAAGCAGUCUACCACCUCACCUAGCCCGGCAAGUCCUGCAUAUGGCAUAGGUGGCGGUAGCGGCGUCCAUCGAAGCAAUACUGUCCCGUCGAAGCGGUCGCCUGCUCUGGCCUCCCACCGAUUCAAUCGACACGGAGAGAAUGCUCAGCCAGAGCGCGCUAUAAGCCGUUCACCCGUGGCAGCCGUUGCACAGCCUCCGGCGAUUGCAAGAGAGCAGAUCAUAGAGCCACCAACCAAGCCGGAUCAACAUGUUCAGGCCCCGUCGACAUCUUUGGCCAAGGCAGAACCCGCAAAUGUGGCCAGUGUUCCAUUUGCCGCUGAAAAGGAUGGAACCCAAGAGUCGGCUGGCACAUCUGACCAACAGCAGACUGAACUCAGUCCACCGCCUGUUCUGGGCCAACACGCCGGCACUACUCCUAUCAAGGAACGGGGAUUUGCGAGCAUCUUUUCCAAGUCUCCGUCAAGUGAUACAGAGAGAAAGGAGCCGCGACCGCCAAAUAAAUUGCGGAAGAAACGUGCUCCCGGGAGUGCAAACCCAAGCGCUCAAAGCUCCACGAACUCUUUGCAUGGCAACUUUGCCGCGAGCGAGCCUGUCAUUCCACCAGGCCCCGUUCCUGAGCUGCCAUCGCAUCCCAGAGAAGACACGCCUCAUCGCGACUCCGGUUUCUCGCCGCCUGUACUUUCAAAUACGCAACCCACACCGCCUGGUGAAGAAUCUCUCCAAUUGAAUGACAGCGCCAUGCAACAUUCACUGCAGGCUCCAAACGAUUCCUCUAUGCAUCAAGCUUCCGGUGCCACCCUGCGGCCGGCGGUCUCCCCUACUUUAUCGUAUCAUUCGCAUUCCUCUAUUACCGAUCACUCGGAUAUGGAACAAUCCGACGACCCAAACUCUGUGGAACAAAGAGAAAAACGCCGUAGAUGGAGAUUGUCUUUCUCUCCCAAGAGCGAACAACAGCGCCUUGGGUCCGGACACAGCGGCUCCCAACUGGGCUCACAGGCAGGAGCGGAACAUAGCACGAGUACUGUAGGAAGCUAUAGUCGAGCCCGGAGGAGCUUGGCGGUUGAAAAUCAGUCUGCACAGGAAACCCUUCCAAGUGGUCUCUCAGAUGCUCCGCAGUCCAAUAUUGAAACCGCUUCAUCGAGUACCAUUACUGCUACGGCACCCAAGGAGAGCGAAAAGAAGGGCCCGAUUGAUUGGUUUCGGGGCAAGUUGCAAGAGAGAAAAGAGCGAGAAGCGGAGAAGGAGCGUGCUAAAAGUCCACCCCCUGAUCCGUCUGAACGUGGAUCCCGAAAGAGCUUGGCUGCCGCCGUCGAUCCCGCCGCUCCCCGGCAAAAGUCUCUCGAAGACGUGACCGAGGAAGGUCAAGUGAACGCUAGCACCCCGCCAACCUCAUCAAGGUCAGAUCGUCCACAGACUCAACGAGGAGAGGGAUCAUAA